AUGUCAACACAGGAACCAUCAUCAUCUGUACAGCCGGAGCAAGCUGAUAUAAAAAUGACGGAUCCAUCAAAUGCGCGGACUGUUCCAAAUUACGCACUGACAUACACGCUCAAGGGACAUAAGAUGGGUGUCUCAUCCGUAAAGUUUAGUCCUGAUGGUGCAUGGCUUGCAAGCUGCUCUGCCGACCAGACAAUUAAGGUAUGGCAUGCAAAAACUGGAAAAUACGAGCAAACAUUGGAAGGACACAUGGCGGGUAUAUCGGAUAUCGACUGGGCGCCAGACUCCCUCACCCUAGUUUCCGGCUCUGAUGAUAAGACUCUUCGUCUUUGGGAUGUUGUCAGUGGAAAAAUGCUCAGACUUCUUCGUGGCCACCACAACGCGGUCUACACUGUUGCCUUCUCACCACGCGGCAAUAUCGUUGCCUCUGGUUCCUAUGAUGAGGCCGUUCGUCUGUGGGAUAUCCGUUCGGGAAAGUGCAUGAAAACCUUACCUGCACACGGAGAUCCGGUUUCUGGUGUCCAUUUCAAUCGCGAUGGGACAAUGAUCGUGUCCUGCUCUCACGAUGGUCUGAUACGGAUUUGGGAUGUUACUACUGGCCAAUGCCUUCGAACAUUAGUUGAGGAAGAUAAUGCUCCUGUCAUGGCUGUUAAAUUUUCGCCGAAUGGGAAAUAUUUGUUAGCAGGGACUCAGGAUAGUUGUGUCCGGUUAUGGGACUACCAUCGCGGCAAAUGCCUUAAAACCUAUAUGGGACACAAAAAUGACAAGUACAGUAUAUUUUCAACAUUCAUAAUUGCUAAUGGCAGUUGCUUUGUAAUGGCCGGGUCAGAAAACUCAGACGUCUUCAUCUGGGACAUUCAGACUAAGGAGAUUGUUCAUCUUCUGGUGGGCCAUCCAGAUGUGGUCUUGGGAGUCGACUCACAUCCAACAGAGAAUAUUGUUGCCAGUUGUGGGCUAGAUGGAACAGUAAUGGUUUGGAUGGAUUCUGCUGAGGGAUUGGACGAAUGAGUAUACUUUGUUUCAUAAGGGUGGAUCGGAGUAUCGAUGUGCUGGGGCUCUGGCUGUACUUGUGAUAAUCCAUUCCAACAUUCUUGUGGUGAA